AAACAGUUUAAGGCCACGUCUCUUCGGAGGAGUAGGUGGGGGAGAGCGAGGAAGGGGAAGAAGAAACACAAAGGAAAGCACAAAGGCGGUAGAAGGGGGUGGAGCCAAUAGAGUGAGAGCACACGGAUCGAUGACGUGGCAAAGAUUUUUGAAAUCCCGCCUAAACCCGGACUUCAAUUGUUUCCUGAUUCAAUUUUAAUUUUCUUUCCAACCCCUCUUCUUAUCUCUCCCUUUCCCCACACACAUCACACCAAGGCCAGCGUAUAUCUCUAUUAUUCCUGUCCCCUUAUCUCUCUACGAAGCCCUAACUCCACCAGGUAACUCGCCUCCUCCCCCUCUAACUCAGUCCGUUUUUACCGGUUUUCGCCGAUUCUCGGCCGAUUCUCAUCGGUUUCGGCGGGUUCGGCGGUGUUGCGUUGCAGGAUUCGCUAUGAAGGGAGGUAAAUCGAAGGCCGCUGAGGUGAAGAGAGCUGAUAGCAACGCUAGGCUUUCUGUGAAGAAGAAAGGUGCCGCUGCCGUCGGAAAAAAGACGGCUAAGAAGGAGAAGGCUGUAAAGGAUCCAAACAAGCCGAAGAGGCCUGCUAGUGCCUUCUUCGUUUUCAUGGAGGAGUUUAGGAAGCAGUACAAAGAAAAGCAUCCAGCCAACAAAUCUGUGUCUGUUGUCGGUAAAGCUGGUGGUGAUAAAUGGAAAUCGUUGUCAGAAGCUGAGAAAGCGCCCUAUGUAGCAAAGGCAGAGAAAAGGAAAACUGAAUACAACAAGAGCAUGCAGGCCUACAACAAGAGAAUGGCUGAGGGACCGACUGCUGCUGAGGAGGAAGAGUCUGACAAAUCUAGGUCUGAGGUGAACGACGACGAGGAAGACGAGGAUGAGAGUGGAGAGGAAGAAGAUGAUGAAGAGUAGGGAACCAGCAGUGAAGGAUGUCAACAAGGGAGAUCUGCCAGUUGUGUAGGAUCGCUAGGAUAUCAUGACUCCCAUUUCUGAUAACUCUAUCAAGAUAAAUAGUUCUCUUUUUUUUGUUCUUUUUUUUUUUAUGAAAUUUCGGCUGCUCCCAUUUUAGGUGAAAGCUUAGUUUCAGGAGCGGCCUCGUUCAUAUGGCCAUGUACUCACCUUUUCUUAAUGCUCAAUGAUUCAGCUAGGUUUUUCUGUCUC